UCUUUCUAAACAGUCGUAAUCAAAUCUGAAUCACUCCAACAACAACACAACACAACACAACACUUCCAUCUUCCUUGAAUGGCAACAUCAAACACAUGAAAUGAGACUCCUCCACCUCAACAAUCUCAACCUAACCCCAUAAUCCCACCCACAAUGAAGCAAUUGCACAAGCAAUCCACCACCUCCCGCAAAGACGAAGAGUCCCCCUUCUCCGAAACCCCUCCCUACUCCCCCAAAUCCCUCAAGCACCCCCGAUCCCUCCCCCGUUCCCUCUCCUACCUCCUCCGGGAGCAGCGCCUCCUCUUCAUCCUCCUCGGCAUCCUCAUUGGCUCCACCUUCUUCCUCUUCCGCCCCUCCGCCCUCUCCUCCCCUCCCGAUCGCAUUUCUGCCGACUCCCUCACCGAUUUCUCCACCUAUUACAAUUACAACAAGUUCGCCAAGGGGGUGGGCAGGGUGCCCGUCGGGAUUGGGCGGCAGAGGAAGAGGAUCGUCGUCACCGGCGGCGCGGGCUUCGUCGGGAGCCAUUUGGUGGAUAAGCUCGUUGCUAGAGGGGAUGAUGUCAUCGUCAUUGAUAAUUUCUUCACUGGUAGGAAGGAGAAUGUGGUGCAUUUGUUUGGGAAUUCCAGGUUUGAGCUGAUUAGGCAUGAUGUUGUUGAGCCGAUUCUGCUUGAGGUGGAUCAGAUCUACCAUUUGGCGUGCCCUGCUUCGCCGGUGCAUUAUAAGUAUAACCCUGUCAAGACUAUCAAGACAAAUGUGAUGGGGACCCUUAAUAUGUUGGGUCUUGCGAAGAGGAUAGGUGCGAGGUUUCUUCUCACUAGUACCAGUGAGGUUUAUGGUGAUCCUCUUGAGCAUCCACAGAAGGAGACAUAUUGGGGACAUGUGAACCCAAUUGGUGUGAGGAGUUGCUACGACGAAGGCAAACGGACAGCUGAAACCUUAGCUAUGGACUAUCACAGAGGUGCUGGUGUUGAGGUGCGCAUUGCACGGAUUUUUAAUACAUAUGGACCUCGGAUGUGUCUGGAUGAUGGGCGUGUUGUCAGCAACUUUGUUUCACAGGCUAUACGGAAACAACCCAUGACAGUCUAUGGGGACGGGAAGCAAACACGAAGCUUCCAAUACGUGUCAGACUUGGUCGAUGGAUUGGUGGCUUUGAUGGAAAGCGAGCUUGUAGGCCCGUUUAAUUUGGGUAAUCCAGGAGAGUUCACCAUGUUAGAGCUUGCUGAGGUGGUGAAAGAAACCAUUGAUCCGAGUGCCUCGAUUGAGUUCAGACCGAACACUGCUGAUGAUCCUCACAAGAGGAAGCCAGAUAUAAGCAAAGCAAAGGAUCUUCUCAACUGGGAGCCCAAGGUUUCGCUACGAGAUGGAUUGCCUCGUAUGGUUAAUGAUUUCAGAAACCGCAUCUUGAAUGAGGAUGAAGGGAAGGGAAACAAAUGAGAACGGUAUAAUGUAUAGAACGAACCCGCAUUGCGAUUAUAAAUUCAUCAAUUUUACACUGAGAAACUUCAUA